AUGUGUAAGGGCAAUACCCGGUGCUUGAAUGGUCUCAUUAACAAGGAGCCCGAUCUUGCUUCAGCAGACAACCCAGGAAGCGCCACUACCUCGCCUAGUGUGCCGCGAUCGCUGAUUUUCUUCACCUGCCUCCUUUUUGUGCGCGUGCAGAAAUGUGCUGGCUUAAGGAACUACGGCAGCACGUGCUACCUCAACGCCUUUUUGCAAAUCUACUUUCACUUUCCUGAACUUCGUGAGGCCGUCUAUCAACUCCCCUUCGGUGAAAACUCCUGCGAUGUCGUCGGGCAGCUACAGAUGAUAUUUAGUCAAAUGCAACUCAGUCAAACGGGCCUCGUAGAUCCUGGCGGUCUGAUAGAAGCUCUUCAUCUCUCGGAGCGCGAUCAACAGGAUGCUCCCGAAUUCCACAGCCUCUUUAUGAGUCUUCUUGAGACGCGUUUCUUGUCCCUCGGUCGAACUGUCAUUCAGCAGCUAUUCAAGGGAACCUGUGUCUACGAAACUCGAUGCCAAUCCUGCGGCUUCGUGUCACGACGUCCGUCGUCAUUUCUCGAGCUGGAUAUCAAGGUGUCUUCAAGCUGCCUCAACGAGUGCAUUCGCAAGUACCUUGCUGAAGAACUUUUGACCGGUGAGAACCAAUACGCCUGUCCCAAGUGCUGCAAAAAGCGCGAUGGAUCGCGGUGCAUGCGGAUAACAGAGACGCCGUUGAUGCUGUGCUUCCAACUCCUCCGCUUCACCUACGACGUUCGUUCUGGGCGUCGGGUGAAACAGAAGACCGCCGUUCGACUGCCUGACAUGUUGGAUAUGGGUGAAUUCAUCAGCAGUAAGCAAUACGCAGUGGAGGCUAGAGCCCACGCUGAGACGUUUGGAGAGCCCACGCAUUCUUGCUUGGUAUUUUUUGCGUUCCUCCUCUCCACAGAUCCUGCCUCCAACAGUCGUCGGCUGUACCGUUGUUCGGGCGUGCUGUUGCAUCUUGGUCGACAGUCGACCUCCGGCCACUACAUCGCCGUCAUUCGUUGUCCCACGUCGUUGGACGGCACUCCAGACAGUCUUACCGACUCUUGGAAGGUUUGCAACGAUGAACAGGUUUUCACCAUCCCCGCCAGUCAAUUCGACCUCUCCAAGGUCAACGGCAUCAACCACGCUGGUCAGUGUGCCAAACCCGCCUCCCGAAAGGACUCCAAUCUCUCCACCCCGACUAAGGAGGACGCCUUGGCGGCUGGCGGUAGCGAAGACUUGGGCGAGGCGGUGACGGCUGCGUUGGCGAGUCAGUCGCAUCGGCGCGACUUCCACGUCUCGAGCACCGCCUACAUGGUCUUCUACCGCCUCGUCACUGACCUUGAACCCAAAACAGCCGAUCAAGUGGAGGUACCGGAUCGUCUGCGGAAGAUAGUUGAGGCCAGCAAUUCGGCGUUCGUGAUGGAGAAUGAAAUCAAACGAUUAGAACAGAUUAAGCAGAGUCAGUUGGCUCAACGACGCGAGGAACUGCGAUCUCAAUUUCUCACCUACCUUCGCACCACCUCCAUCAUCACCGCCACCACACCGAGCUCACCGCCACAACCGAAGGAGCCAGACAGUCCCCAGAAAUCCCCGUUUUCUCCGCCGAGGAAGCGUCGGCGGGUGUCGAGCAGCAGGGACGCGACCGUAGCUGCCGACGCCGCCGACGACUUCUGCAUGGUGCCCACCCGCUGGCUGGUGAAUUGGCUGAAGCAGCCCGAGAAGCUGCCCGCGCAGCUGGUUGGGCCGCCUAAAGACCCCGCCGCCUUGCCUCGUUCCCUCGACGCCCAACUCCUCCUCUGUCCGCACGGCCGCGUCUCGCCCGACAACCACCUCCAGUACAUCAGGGCCGUGUCGCGUGCCGGACUGAUCAAGUGCCUCGAUAUCGUCUCCGCCGUCCAGGGCUUCCACUCGACCCCCGAUGUCGACGGGGCGAGCCAAUUGCCCUCUCCAGCAGCGAUUUCGGCUCUGGCGCCCUGUUUGGCCUGCCUCAAAUCCCGCGUGGCGGCCAACCUCUUCGCGGCUGAAUGCAUCGCCAUCAACAAGGAACUCGCUCGAUGGAAGCGUGUCAGCGGCGGUGGCGUCUGGCCGCUGACGGACGCUGCCAUCGCCUUCUGCUCUGAGGCUGGAGCACCCCCGAGUGAUGCGACUGGUCCUACUGACUCGACCGCCGCCGCCGCACCUGCUCCUCCGACGGUUUACUUCGUCGGAGCCAAGUCGUUCGCGGGUUGGCGCACUCAGGCCCAGGUCUACUUCAUCGCCACCCAGACCGCCACCGCCGCCGCUGAGGCCACCACGGUCUUCAACAGCGACGCCCUCUGUCCUCACGGCUGCCUUCUGGUGAAUGCCAGGCCCUGUCCACUGCGCUGCGUACCUCCGCGCCUCUGGCAUCGUCUCGUAGGCCUCUUCCCCAACGCCACCAUCCCCACGUACUCCAGCGACUCCCUCCGCCUCGCGCCUGAGUCCAUCGACCUGGACGAGGGGUGUUCGCAGUGCGUGGUGGUCAAGGACGACCUGAUGGCGCGCGCUCAGCGCGAACGCGAAGUGCUGGCGGAUGUGCUUGCAUCCCUCGCCUCCUCCCACUCCUCCACCACGGUGGCGGCCACCUCAAACACCGCCUCGGGUCCAGCGCCGAUGCGCAGGGACUUGGUUAGUCUCGUGGUUUCCAACCCCUCCGGGGAGCCUGGCGUCGAUGAUGACAAAGCCGUCUACCUCGUGCCGAUGGACUUCAUUAGCCAGUGGCGACGAUUUGUGCGCAACCCCACCGCAAACAUCCACCUUGGCUACCUGCCCUCGGGUCUGGAGGCUGAGAAUGUGCUGUGUGAGCACUCUCGCCUCCUGAUGCCAUGGCAGGAGCUCCUUAACGAGGAGAUCGUCUUCCCGGUGUCCGCUGGCGAAUGGAACGUCUUCUGCCGGGCCUACUCCACCACCAACGACUACCCGCCUUUCCGUCUUGUGCUCCAGGCAGACUGCGUUGACGGCGACGUCGUGGGAGACGCUGGAGGUGGCGAAGCCUCGUUCUGCCCUGACCUACCCCCGCCCUACGAUCACGUCUGUCCUGAAUGCUACCCCCUGGUGCAGGAACGCCGGUUCGACUUUAUUGGCGCUCAAAUCUACAUCCGGGUGGUCGCAGAUCCUGCCGAGGUGUUGGCCUUGGAGACGAGUUCCACUGAUGACACCUCGGCGCAGGUCACAUCACCAAAGAAGGGCGAGGUGGGUUGCGGAGUCGGGGGCAACACAUCGCCCGCCAGUCCGUGCACGCCGUCGUUGGUGCGUCGGUCAACGCGGACUCGAACUAGUCGCGAUGACUACGUCCUGCGUGUCGACAGUUCCUCCAGGCUGCAGGACAUUCGUCUUCAAAUGAUGCGAAUCAUUGGGGCCGCUCCCUUCGAUCAGCACAUCGCCCUCGACGGCGUUGAGUUGACCGACAAUUCGCGGACGUUGCUCCAAUUGGGCAUCCGGCCGGGGUCGCGACUGCACCUCUGGGUCGACGCGCCCGCUCCCGACGCCGUCAGUGAGGUCAUGCGAGGGGGUUCCAACGGGGGCAGUAAAAAGUCCGCCUCCACCGCUUCCCCUAGUGCCGCCUCUAAGCCAGAUCAAGUGGAAACCGGUUUCAAGGGGACGAGACUGGUCGACACGUGGUCGCCUGGCGACAGUGUAUCGAUUUCCAGCUGGUCAGGGUAA